AUGGCGCAGUCACCCAUGCUUUCGGUGCCUCUCAAGGCAACCAACGAGAUUGAUUGGGUCGCUCCUCUCAAGUCCUAUAUAAGCAACACCUACGGAGACGACCCGGAGAGAUAUGCCGAGGAGUGUGCCACCUUGAACCGCCUGAGGCAAGACAUGCGCGGUGCUAGCAAGGAGAGUACCUCUGGGCGGGACAUGCUCUAUCGAUAUUAUGGACAAUUAGAGCUCCUGGAUCUGCGGUUUCCCGUGGAUGAGAAUCAUAUCAAGAUCUCCUUCACGUGGUUCGAUGCUUUUACACACAAACCGACAUCUCAAUACUCGCUGGCCUUCGAAAAGGCAUCCAUCAUAUUCAACAUCUCUGCGGUUCUGUCAUGCCAUGCUGCAUUUCAAAAUCGGUCGGACGAGUCGUCGCUCAAGACCGCCUACCAUUCCUUACAAGCUUCGGCCGGCAUGUUCACUUAUAUCAACGAGAACUUUCUCCACGCCCCAUCAAACGAUUUGAGCCGCGACACAGUAAAAGCAUUGAUCAAUAUCAUGCUGGCCCAAGCGCAGGAAAUCUUCCUGGAGAAACAAGUCGCCGACAAGAAGAAGGUGGGCUUGCUAGCGAAACUUGCGGCGCAAGCGGGAUAUCUAUAUACCCAAGCUCUAGAAGGAGCCCAGGAGAACGUCAACAAGGGCAUUUUCGAGAAAGUUUGGUUAAUGUUCAUACAGGUCAAAAUGAACCUCUUGCUAUCGAUGGCGCAAUACUAUCAGGGCGUUGCAGACGACGAGGCUGGCCACUAUGGUGUGUCAGUGUCUCGCUUCCAAGUCGCUGACUACUUGGCGAAAGAGGCCAACAAGCUUGCGAAGACGUUCCCCAGCGUGCCGUCGCCCAACUCGAAUCUCAGCGCAGACACCGCCGGGCAGCUCCAGAACAUAGCGAGCAGACAUUUUUCAACCGUUCAAGAGCGGCUAGCAGAAGCGUCAAAGGACAACGACUAUAUCUAUCACCAUACAGUCCCUGCGGAGGCGACUCUUGAAGCUAUUGCCAAGCUCCCGGCUGCGAAGCCGAUCCCCGUCUCUGAGCUAUACGCAGGUCAAGAUAUCAGCAGGAUCACCGGGCCCGAUCUCUUCUCGAAGAUUGUGCCCAUGGCUGUCACCGAGUCCGCCAGUCUGUACGAUGAGGAGAAGGCCAAGCUCAUACGGGCCGAGACCGAAAAGGUUGACACAGCAAACGGGGAAAUGGCGGCCAGUCUGGACUACCUGCGUCUCCCCGGCGCAUUGCAGGUUCUUAAGGGCGGCUUCGAUCAGGAUAUCCUCCCAGACGAGGACUUUCGGCAGUGGUGCGAUGAUGUUGCGACGCACGAGAACCCCAGCACCAUCUUCGAAUCGCUCCGAACUAACAAAGAACGGAUCGUGAGUACAUUAGACAGAUGCUCCAAACAGCUCGACAUGGAGGAGAGUGUGUGCGAGAAGAUGCGAUCCAAACACGAGAGUGAAUGGACGCAGCAGCCCAGCUCUGCGCUCACAACAACUCUUCGGGGCGACAUUCGAAGCUACAGGCAGGCCUUAGAAGAGGCUCUGCGCAGCGACGGCCAGCUCGAGGCCAAGCUGCGCCAGAAUGAGGCCGAUUUUGAGGAGAUGCGUCGGGCGGCGCAAGACGGCGAGGUGGACGGGCUGUUCCAGAGGGCAGUCGCGCAAGUACGGGGCGCCCAAGCUAGCAGCCCGGGCGGCAUCCAGCCCAACUUGCUUGAUGAUGAUUUCGAAGAGGAGGGUACAAGCGUAGUGGACCAAAUCGCCAAGGUAGAGGACACUCUGAAGAAGCUCAAUCUCGUCAAGCGCGAGCGCAAUCAGGUAUUGAAGGACCUCAAAGACAAGGUUCAUCACGACGAUAUCUCGCAAAUCCUUAUUCUCAACAAGAAAAUGUCAAACUACGAGAACCAAUUGUUCCAACAGGAGCUCGAGAAGUUCCGGCCACACCAGAACCGACUCUUGCAGGCGAACCACAAACAGUCGGCGCUCAUGAAGGAACUGACGGCCACAUUCAACGCCCUGCUGCAGGAUGAGCGUGUUCGUUCCGAGCAGAGCAAGUACGAGGCGAUCCAGAAGCAGAGGUCGACAGUGAUCAACCGUUACAAGCGGGCGUACCAAGAAUUCCUUGACCUGACGUCGGGGCUAUACAGCGCCAAGAACUGGUACAAUGAGAUGAAGGAGACUGUGGAGAGUCUCGAGAAGAACGUGGAGUCGUUUGUCAACAACAGGAGGUCGGAGGGUGCACAGCUUCUCAACCAGAUUGAGCAGUCGCAGGCUUCAAACAAAUCAGCGCAGGCGGAGCUUGAGCAGGAGAGAAUGCGAGGCCUGAUGGAGCGUAUGUCGAUGGGCGACCAGUCCCGAACCCCACCACAACUGCCGCCGCAACCUGGACAGCAACAACGCCAGAGGCCGACGCCGCCAGCUCUGUUCCAGUCAGGGCAGGCCCCAAGAUAUGGGCAGUCAACGUAUCAAGGACAGUACCAGAUGCCCACAUCACCACCACCCAACCAGCCUCCUCAGCAAGCGUACCAGGGAUACACAAGCCCGCCGCCACAAACGUCCAACAUCACCUCCCCCGAACCAGACAUCUUUCGUCCCAACCGGGGCAGCAAGGCUAUGGCCAUGGGCCGCAGAGUGCGCAUCCACAAAGCGCGCAUCCUGGCAGCGCUCACCCGCAGUCAGCGCAGCAACAGGCCCCUGAUCCGGAUCAUGACGCUCUCAGGGAACGACGUCGCCAAGCACAACGACGCAAAGUCGUGCUGGGUGAUCGUGCAUGUAACACAGAUGCCUCUCGGCAAAGCAUACGAUGUGACGGACUUUUUGCCAGAGCACCCUGGCGGCUCCAAGAUCAUCCUCAAAUACGCCGGCAAGGAUGCCACCGAGGAGUAUGACCCAAUCCAUCCCCCGGAUACGCUGGACAAGUAUCUCGACAAGUCCAAGCACCUCGGCCCCGUCAACAUGGACACAGUCGCCAAGGAGGUCAUGGAGGAAGACCCCGACGAGGUGGAAAGACAGCAGCGCGUUGCGCAGAAGCCGCUCCUCGAGCAGUGCUACAACCUGCACGACUUUGAGGCCGUCGCGAGGAGGGUCAUGAAGAGGACGGCGUGGGGGUACUACUCGAGUGCGGCCGAUGAUGAAAUUACGAUGCGCGAGAAUCACUCUGCCUUUCACCGCAUCUGGUUCCGCCCACAGGUCCUCGUCGACGUGGAAAAGGUAGACUUCAGCACCAAGAUGCUCGGCACGCCAUGCAGCAUCCCCAUCUACAUCACCGCCACGGCCCUCGGCAAGCUGGGCAACCCAGAGGGCGAGGUCAUCCUCACCCGCGCCGCGCACAAGCACGAGGUCAUCCAGAUGAUCCCGACCCUCGCAUCCUGCUCGUUUGACGAGAUUGUCGACGCGCGGCAGGGCGACCAGGUGCAGUGGCUGCAGCUCUACGUCAACAAGGACCGCGAGAUCACCAAGAAGAUCAUACAGCACGCCGAGAAGAGGGGAUGCAAGGGCCUCUUCAUCACCGUCGACGCGCCGCAGCUCGGACGUAGGGAGAAGGACAUGCGCUCCAAGUUUACCGAUCCCGGCAGCAACGUGCAGAGUGGCUCGACGACGGACACGUCGCAAGGCGCGGCGCGCGCCAUCUCCUCCUUCAUCGACCCGAGUCUCAGCUGGAAGGACAUUCCCUGGUUCCAGAGCGUCACCAAGAUGCCCAUCAUUCUCAAGGGCGUGCAGCGCGUGGAAGACGUGCUCAAGGCCGUGGAGGCCGGCGUGCAGGGUGUCGUGCUGUCGAACCACGGUGGUCGGCAACUCGACUUUGCCCGGUCGGCUGUCGAGAUCCUCGCCGAGACGAUGCCCGUCCUGCGCGAGAGGGGCUUGGAGAACAAGAUUGAGAUCUUUGUCGACGGCGGCAUCAGGCGCGCCACAGAUAUCAUCAAGUGUUUGUGCCUUGGUGCCACCGGCGUGGGCAUAGGCCGGCCCUUCCUGUACGCCAUGAGCGCGUACGGACAGCCUGGCGUCGACAGGGCGAUUCAGCUGCUCAAGGACGAGAUGGAGAUGAACAUGCGUCUGAUUGGGUGCACAAAGGUCUCCGAGCUGCAUCCCGGGCUGCUCGAUACCAGGGCGUUGAGUGUUCACGCAACGACACCUGUCGAUCAUCUGUCAGGGGCGGUGUACGAUCCCCUGGCGGUGCCGGCCCAGCGGCCAAAGGGACCGCCUGUCAAGGCCAAGCUGUAA